AGGGCGGCGGAGCCUGACCGUGUGUCCCCGCAGCUGGCUGACAGCGAGUUCUCCCCCGUCUUCCGCCUCCUGACCAUCUUCGCCUACGGCACCUACGCGGACUACCUGGCCGAAGCAGCAAACCUUCCUCCCUUGACAGAGGCUCAGAAGAACAAACUGAGGCACCUGUCAGUUGUCACUCUGGCUGCCAAGAUCAAGUGCAUUCCCUACUCAGUGCUGCUGGAGCAGUUACAGCUGAAGAAUGUCCGGCAACUGGAGGACCUCGUGAUUGAGGCUGUAUAUGCAGAUGUGCUGCGAGGGAGCUUGGAUCAGCGGAACCAGCGCCUGGAGGUGGAUUACAGCAUUGGGAGGGACAUCCGGAGGGAGGAGCUAAGCACCAUCACCCGCACAUUGCAGGAGUGGUGCCAGGGCUGCGAGGUUGUCUUGUCGGGCAUUGAAGAGCAGGUUAGCCGGGCCAACCAACAUAAAGAGCAACAGUUGGCACUUAAGCAGCAGAUAGAGAGCGAGGUGGCAAACCUGAAGAAGACCAUUAAAGUGACAACAGCAGCCGCUGCAGCAGCCACGUCCCAAGACCCAGAACAGCACCUAACAGAGCUCAGGGAGCCAGCCUCCGGCACCAACCAGCGCCAGGCGAGCAAGAAAACUUCCAAAGCCAAAGGGCUCCGGGGCAGUGCGAAGAUUUGGUCGAAAUCAAACUAAUUGGAUCUCCCUUCACAACUGGGAGGGUGAGAGGAAGAAAUCUGGGGGAUGGAGGGGUAGCAAGGGUCCCAAGUGUGAUGCUUCUGAGCUCUUCUCAGAGAUCCAUCUUGCCAAUUAACUCUCCUGCAUGUUUGUUCCCUUUGUUAUCUUCUUUAUUGACUUUCCAGGCAGUGUCUCCCUCUUCAUCACAGCAUUUCACACUCUUAAGCUUCCAGUUGUGUGUGUUGCUGUUUCCCCUGCCACUCAAGCCCCCAUCGCCAUGGCCGUGUGUUUCUCUUUCUCUCUCCCUGUCUUUUGACAGGUCAAUUUAAAGAGACAUAAAACUGUGUCAAUCACCUUUGCACCACAGGGCAUCACAGAAGCUGGGAAAGCG